AUGACGCUCCAACUUCUUCGACAAUGCCACCUACUGCGGCGAGGCGUGGUUCUGCAACGUCGCGAGCUGCUCCGGCGAGAUGACUGUGGUGACGAGCGUAAAGGCUUGAGUGAGAGAAGGCACAACAGCAAGCUUCCUUCACCCUGUAGCUUCUCGUCAGCAACACAAUGCAAAAACUCUCUUCUCUGCAAUGAAGAGUUUUUUCAUAGGCGCGAUUUAGGGGUUUUCGUUCGCACCCAAUUGGAAGCAUUGUAUCCCUGUAAUCGUUUGGAGUUCGUGGCUUUAAGCCCCAUUGUUGGCGUCGUAGAGGCAGACCUGAAGGGACCAGACGGCCCUGCUGGGUAUCACUGCGUGCCCGCUGAAACAGUAACAGAUGAAGACUUUAAGUACAGUUUUAAUGGAAAACCAGGCAUUCAAGUCCCAAACAACGCUGUACUAUUCCCUGCAUCUGUUAUGGAGGCUCCUAUGUUCAAUGGUAUGGGAAUUUCUGCAGGACGUGUAUUGCUCCGGCGAGGUGGAUCUCUUCCGGUGCACAGUCAUGGUGCGAGUGAAAUACUGUAUGUGACACAAGGUGCAAUGAAUGUUACAAUCUUGGCAACUCGGAGAGCUUAUGUGAAUUACCUCAAAGAAGGAGAGUUUAUGAUUAUUCCAAAAUGCCGGCUGCAUUUUCUUGACAAUGUUGGUAGGGGGGAAGCCAUUGGUUUUGCCGCUUAUAGUAGCGCAAACCCUCGUUUCCAUUUUCAACAUCUUGAAAUGUAUGCCAGCAACGUCCCAAGCCCCACCCUUUCCCGAGUUACCUUCCUUGAUGUAGACCAAAUCAGGAGGAACAAGGCUCGUUUCAACGGCACCGGCUAG